GGUCCCAGGGUAGUCCGGAGGUGGACGUCACCCGGGACUCGAACCUGCUUUCUCAUCUUCCGAGGCCUAGUCGGAGGUUACUGCCAUAAAGCAGUCACACUGUCCCUUUAAGGCGGCACUUUUUAUUCUUCAUGUUUACCUCUUCAUGCGCUUUUUUUAAACAAAAAAUGUGUUCACAAUAUCCUUCCGCAAACGUCAAUCCCAGUCACUAAUCAACACCUUGAAGCCAUUCUUGUAAUCUUAAGAAUCGAGAAUUAGUCGCCAUGAGCCAACGUCUCUCUUUACAGAAUUAAAUACUCGUUUACACGUUAGGGACUACUUUUUAGGGGUAAACCAUUCUCGUUUAAGUUAAAAAAUGUUUGUGAUCUUAAGAACCUUUCCGCUGAGAACAGAAUAGGGCAAUAACCUUUAAGAAGCACCUUUUCAUAAAAAUAUUCUGUGUAGGCCCUCACAGGCCAUCGAAUCUUCUUGUAUUCCUGAAGCAGAAUGGUAUGGUCCAGAACCCGCCCCAUCUUCUCUGCGAUUGGCCUUCCUUCCUCGGCGAGACGUGUGCCUUUUGACCAAUGGGCGCUCACGUUUCUCCAGCUAGGGCUAAGCGAUGGAAGGAGGCGGCCUGGAAAACGCCCCCUACGCGUCCUGGGAUUGGCUACGUCGCACGGCGCGCGAGGACGGCGGGCCUGAAAGAUGAGAACUACGACUCCCAGCUUCCUGCGAUGGGGACUCCGUCACGCAUGCGCAUGGGCGGGGCGGACCGGCUUCUAUAUAAAAGGGACGCAGAGGGCUGGGAGGCAGCAGUUGGAAGUUGGCAGGUGGAGAGGCAGGUUGGGAGGGGAAGUUGGGGGAGGAGGCGGAAGAGGAGCUGUCGGAAGGGGGAGGAGGGAGGGAGGAAAAAGAGGAGGAGGCGGAGGAGAACUGAGCUGAGCAGAGCAUCGAGCCAAAGGGGAGAUGAGUUUGUCUGUCCUCGGCUGAGGCUCCGGCCGGGCCUAGGGAACGGGGAGCUCGGCUUGGAGCGACACCCGUGGAAGUGGGAGGAGGUGGCUUUGGGACUUUAACCCCUUGUGGGCUCUGCGGCAGGGGAUUUAACCCUUUGUGGAUCCGGCCCCUCGGAGUCAGCGUCAUCGGGUAGUUUUAACCCCUUCGGGGCUGGGUUUAACCCAUUGGAUUUAACCUAAUCUUCUUGCCCACCAACUUCUCGAUCGCGGGGGCGGUCUGCAGGAAGGCUUGAAGCCCACCCCGUCUGCACAUUACGUACUGUUCCUGCUGCUGCUCCCCCUUGGACCCGCUAUCUGGUCGCGCUCUGGGCGCUUAACCCUUUACUGACUUGAGCGCCCCCAAAUUGCAAUUGGAGUUUGCUGACAGGACUGGCUAAAGGCAUCACUGCAGGAAUUACAGACCGAAGAGGACUGUGUUGGACAUUUUUGCAAAGAAAAGCAAACCUUUCUUUCCUUAAGGACUUACAGCCAACAUUCUUCAAACUUCGAGAAGAAGAUUCUAUUAGCAAUGGCCGAGCCACUCUUGUCAGAGUAUCAGCACCAGCCUCAAACUAGCAACUGUACAGGUGCUGUUGCUGUCCAUGAAGAACGGAACCCUGAUCGCCCCCCAGGCGCGGAGGAGCGGGUGCCGGAGGAAGACAGUAGGUGGCAAUCGAGAGCGUCCCCCCAGUCGGGUGGCUCUCCGGGGCACCGGGGGGAAGGGAGCCUGGAACCCCAGCCGUCUCCUCUGAAAACCCAGGUCUGCCCAGAAUCCAGCUGUCCGGAAGCGGGUGAGAAGGGCCAGAAUGGGGACGACUUGUCCGCUGGCGGAGCUCCCCCGCAGCAGAGACAGGUGGGCAAGAAAAAACAUAGGAGACGCCCCUCCAAGAAGAAGCGUCUUUGGAAACCGUACUAUACGCUGACCUGGGAGGAGAAGAAAAAGUUCGAUGAGAAACAGAGCUUGCGAGCUUCGAGGAUUCGAGCCGAGAUGUUCGCCAAGGGUCAGCCAGUUGCUCCCUAUAACACCACGCAGUUCCUCAUGGAUGACCACGACCAGGAGGAACCGGAUCUUAAAACCGGCCUCUACCCCAAACGGGCCGCUGCCAAGUCCGACGACACCAGCGAUGAGGACUUUAUGGAAGAAGCGGGUGAGGAGGAUGGGGGCAGCGACGGGAUGGGAGGUGACGGCAGCGAGUUUCUGCAGCGGGACUUCUCGGAGACCUAUGAGCGGUACCACGCGGAGAGCCUGCAGAACAUGAGCAAGCAGGAGCUCAUCAAAGAGUACCUAGAGCUGGAGAAGUGCCUCUCGCGUAUGGAGGACGAGAAUAAUCGGCUGCGGCUGGAAAGCCAGCGGCUGGACAGCCAGCGGCUGGACGGCGACGACGCGCGCGUGCGGGAGCUGGAGCUGGAGCUGGACCGGCUGCGCGCGGAGAACCUCCAGCUGCUGACGGAGAACGAACUGCACCGGCAGCAGGAGCGGGCGCCGCUGUCCAACUUUGGAGACUAGACUGAAACUUUCCCGGGGGAGGGGGCAAAGGGGACUUUUUACAGUGAUGGAAUGUACCAUUAUAUACACGUGUAUAUAAGACAGCGGGCCUUUUUAUGACACAUAAUCCGAAAAGAAAUCCCCCCUGGCUUUGGUUGGUUCGGUCAGUUUAGCUAUGAUGUAGCUUGUGUGCUUUCUCCUGUUCUUUAAUUAUGUGAAACUGAAGGGUUGCUUUCCUUGUUUUCCUUUUAGGAGUUUUCUUUUUUAAUGUGUAAGUAACUUGACCAGGUUAUAAUGCAGUUUUCUGUUAAAAAUCUCCUUAAAUGGAGCUAUAAGGUGGCCAAAUCUGAGAACCAUUAAAUUCAUUCUAGUUAUAAUAAAUAUUUGUAAAUGUAACAUAGUUUGUGUGAUUUCUAGAGCUAAUUCAAAGUAAUACUGAUUUAUGUGAUUGCAUUGGGGGGAGGGGUAAAGGAAGCAUUUAAUUUGUCCGUUUUCAAAACAAACCUUAAUGGGAGAAUUUUCAGUUUGCCCAGUUUUCCCUUGAAUGGGUUUUAGUGUGCUACAAUAUACAGUUCCAGCAAAAUAUAAAGAUUUAAUUAUCUUCAAUACUUAAGUGUGUUAUUUUCUAGUGCCUUCAUUUUCUUACUUGAUGCUGGAGAAAUAAACCAGCGUUGGGUGUUUGGGGAGUAGGAAGUAACUAUGAUCAGCAGCUUAAAAUUUAAUUCUGCUUCUCAAUAGCCACUCAAAAGUCUAUUAACAAAAAUGUAAACCUAAUUUGGCCAUUUGUCAGGUUGGACAACUGACAGCCUCAUUUCACUCCUACAAGUGGGCUUUUAGUAAUUUCCCCCACCGCCUCCCAGUAAGGCUGGAAGGAGUUCUUGGAUGCCUGGAUGCCUCGGAAAGGCACUUAUCUUGCUUUCUUAGUGCAAGCAAUGGUUGAAUAAACAGUUGUGAGGCAGCUCUUUAUGUUAAAAUAUUCAGAGGUAGGGAAUAUUGUAUUUAUAGAGGAAAUGACCAUUUGGGGCAUUCCAAGGACUUAACCCUAAAUGCCCAAUACUUAAGUGCUCCCUAUACCAAAAAAAGGAAUAGGAGCUGUCCACCUUCCCAUGAGACUCAAACUAAAAUUAGAAAUGCCCCCUCACUGCAAAUAAAAUGUAAAGCUUCUGGUUGAGCUAAGUUAAGUCCUUGGGGGGCCAAGUGGGAGCCCUGUACCAUCCCUAUACAGCCUCUAUUCUCAGUCUUAAACUGUGCUGAUAGCUGCUUAGUCCCUGAGUAGUUCUACUCUUCAAAGUGCAGGAGGCCCUAGGAAUUCCUUUCUGCCCACAAGUCAAAAUAGAAACUCUUAAGACUGUUCCCUCCUGUUAUCAUGAUUACCCAGCCCAUCUUUACCUGCCCCGUGUUCCCCUAGACCAAAUGCAUUGCUCAAAUCACUAGCACAAGGCUUCUUUCACCUGGUUCCUUAGAAACACAGGGGGCCUUGGGGUCCGUGAGCCCCAUGGAAUUGUAUGUAGACUUGUAUUAUGUGUAGGUACUUCUGGAUAGAGGGUUCUAGAGAAUCAAUUUUCUCAAACUCCUCGAAGGAGAGAGGGUUCUAGAGAAUCGAAAUUCUCAAAUUCCUUGAAGGCUGGGGGGAAAAACUCCCGUUGGGAAGCUUGCUUUUGCAACUAAAUGAAAUAGUGGAGGUGGUGGGAACUUCAAGAGUGAAAUGUGCCUUAUGAUGCAUGAGAAGCAUACACAAAUCCAUGAAUUAAGGGAAAUUAUGGCGGUUAAGACUGAUUCAGGGCCUUCAAAGCUGGACUGAGGUGGCCCUAUUCUGGCAGAUGGUCCACUGGAGACAAUGUAUGAUCAGCUUUUCCUUUGGCCUAAAAACUACAUUAAAAGUCUAUUUUGAAA